GUGUGUGUCGACGUGCAGGGGAGUCAGAGGCUCUGGCGGCAAGUGCUCCCGCCUGGCGCUUCGGCGGGGCGGGCCAGGGGGUCCCCGGGUCCCCGCUCCGCUGCUGAGCCGCUGCCGCCCUUGCUGGGCCAGCUCGGCAGAGGCAGCCCGCCUUCGGUGGGCUCCAGGCCUGGCCUCGCUUUUGGAGUCUGCGGCGAAGACGACGAGGGUAUGCCCUUCGCUCGAGUUUCUGUUUCCGCGAACACUAAACACGUUUCCUGCAUCAGUUAAGAGGAACGUUUCUCGCUGCCCGCCCCAUUACAGGGCGCAUCAGCGGCGCCGAGGCAUGACUGCACCUCGAGGCCGUAUUGCUCGUCGAAGCCGCGACCCGCUGCCUCUCCGGCUAGAUUUGUUAAUGUAGGAAAACGGUAUUCCACAAAGGUUUUGCCGCACGCGUUGCUGCUUACUUCAACACCAGAGUCGUUCAGGGCAUAAGCAUUUGCGGUCUGCGCUUCGCUUUCUCAGAGGUCUUUUGCAGCCAUACCCCAUUUCCCUCUGGAUCCCUAGAGCGCCUUUUUUUUAAGGGUCCAUUGUAGUCCGUAUAAAUUGGCAGAAGGAUCAGGCUGUCAUACUGGAAGAAGGCGUGCAAGACUUCCCCUGGACACUACCUGAAGCAAUAUUAAAAGACUAUUGACAGCACAUACACAGUUAUUCAUAAUUAAGGCUCACGAUCCCUCUUUUUGAUGCCCACGAUUGUCACCGAUUUGAUGACCUUUUCUACUGUUUCCAGCAUCCCCCCAUCACAUGUCAGUGAAUAUGUAACUGUUUCCAAUAAGUAAUUAAUAAUUCAGUUUAUUCUCCUACAGAAUGCGAACUUUAAGUUGCAUCUCUAUCAAAUUUGAUAAAAUGUACAACUUUCUCAUAAUCCUAAUGCCUGAAAAGUCUCUUUAUCUGCAUUACAGAUAUAAUAAUAAUUCCUUAAACUUGUAUGCUGCCCGACUCUCAGCGAUUCCGGGAGGCUCACAACAAUCAAAGAAAUUACAAUAAAAUCAAGAUAUGCCACAGGCAAAGGUAGAAAUGUGCCUUUUUUGUUGUGUACAUUUUCAACGUCUGGAUGCUAGCAUGCGAUACCGAGCCUUCCGUCCACUUAAAGACUACAAUUCCCGAACGACAGCGAGAUUGUCUGUAAGGCACGCUGGGAAAUGGAGGCCAGUACCAGAUUCCUCGAGCAUUGAACAGACGAUUGCGGAAACCGAGGAAGUGCGAUUAAAUACACUAAUCUAUUGAAAAACGGCUGGAUGUGGGCGGGAUCGUCAGGCCCUUUUUGUACUGUGCGGUAGGUGGGAUUCCGUGGAAAGCUUUGACGAAACCGAGAUGCUUUUCUACCACGUGGUUUUGAGGAGGAGCCAGCGGGUCAUUCGCGGGGCGUCCGCCUUGCUAAUCGGCAGCAUGGCUCCAGUAGGGCACCGCGUGGGUUUAACUUGCUCCCGGUGAAAGAGGCAGGCUGCUAUUUCUCGUACCCAACGGAGGGGAGAAUUCCAGCUACUUGUGGAGAGCUCAGCUAGAAAUGAAGAAAGAAGCUCUAAUUGUGGAUGUCCUUAGAAGAAGCCCAUCCAAAUGACAAAAAUGCUUUUCCUAAGACGUUUUUAUCCAUUUACAACAAGAUGUUAUAACUGUCGAACUAGGAGCAGCGACAGUUUGUUGAACAAACUAAAUAACUUUACAAACGAACACCAGGUGUUCAGUCUUGUUUCAAACAACAGAGCCAGACUCUCUGAAAAACAUGUGAGAAGUGCAAUUAAGAAACUUGUGCAAGUUCAAAAGAAGAGGCCUUGGUCCUCAGAAACUAUGGAUUAUAUAAAAAGUCAUUCCCAGUUUUUUGUACUUCGUAUUUUAGCAGAAAAUAAGAUUGAAUGUAUGGAUAAUGAAGCAUUAGUGGAUGUGUUACAUAGUAUACUCUGGUUUGGAGUUGAGGCCCAUGAUUCACUGGUAGAAGAGCUGGUUGUAGAAGGUUGGAAGCGAUUAAAAGAAUUGAGUCCACCUCUGCUAUCUAAAUUUGCAUUGUGUGUGCAUGAACAACAUCUGCAGCAUAGUCCACUCAUGGGUGAAAUAGCUGAUAUAGUAGAUAAGAAUUUGGAUUCCAUACAGGAUUCAAGGGCCUUAUCAGUUGUAAUGAACUGCAUAUCUUCUGUUACCUCACGGAAUUUACAAAGCCGGUUAAUGGAAAAGGCAGAAGUCUUGUUUGAAAAAACACACGUCUCUGUGAAUGAUGCCAGGCGAUUUGUACAGUUUCUCCGGAAUGUCAAUUUUCUGCAUUGGCCACUGCUAGAAAAAUGUAACAGAAUUUUUGUCCAGCGUUCAAAUGAGUUACGUAUUGAAGACUUUUCUAUCAUUCUUGGACUGUACCAGAAUUUACAAUUCAACAACACUGAAUUUAAAUUACUUGCCAAACAAAAGCUGAUAGAAGCUAAGGAUAAUUGCAGUAGUCCACUGAAUGUCUUUCAACUGUUUAUUAAUCUUGCACCCAUGGCACAGCCAGAGAUCCAGAAAGAGUUAACUGAAAAGGUUCUACUAAUCACAGAUGAUUUUGAUCGGUACCAAACAUUAAUGGUGGCGGAAAGAAUGCACGAAAUGAAAUACAGAAAUCCACAACUGAUUCAAAAGAUUGCCUCUCUCUUUCACAAACACUUGGAUACGUAUAAAGUAUUUGAGCUUUUCAGAGUGACAAAUGUGCUAGCCAUGCUGAAUUGGCCCAAAUCUCACAUAUAUUCCAAAUUACAACAAUUGUCAAUUUGCCAUUUACAAGUUAAAACAGUCCCCAAUGAUAUUAUCUUGCUGGUUCACAUUCUUUCUAAUCUUCCUUCUCCUUACAUGGAUGAAGCUAUAGUCUCACGAAUUGAUGCUGUCAUAACUCAGUGCAAUCUGAGUCAACUCAAUCGCUUUACCAUAGUUCUUCUAAAAUGGAUGAAACAUCACAAGUCAAAUCAGAAGAGCCUUUUUGGACAAUACGGGUCAUUUUUGCAAAAAAUUAACAAUUGUGCAUUUCAGAGACUUGAGAAAAUCAACAAUUUGGAUCUUUUGCUGAAGGAAUUAAGAUACGUCCAUGGGAAAUGGUUUCAAGAAGUGCUUCUUGAGAAGACCAUAGUUGCUUUACAACAGUUGAGAGAUCAGAUUACACGUUCAAAUGUUGUAAAGUUUGCAUCCUUUCUCAUUGGAACAAACUAUCGUUGUACAUUGUUACUUGAUAAAAUAGCUGCUGUUGCCACUGAACAUAUUGAUAAGAUUUACUAUUCAGAAGUUCAUUUUAUUCUUGUUCUAUUUUCUUCCUUCAAUUAUGAACCUCCUCAAGCUGAGAAAUUUUUUGAGGCUUGCAUUAAACACAUCAGCCUUCACUUGGAAUAUCUUCAGCCUUCUCUUCUUGUAUCGUUUGGUUUUGCUUUGGCUUCUGCUGGGUAUUUUCCAGAGAAUGUGAUAAAGGCUAUAUUUAAUAUUGAAUUCCUCACCAAGUUGGAUGCUGAGCUUCAAAUUCUGCCAAGGAAGGUAGCAAGGAAGUCCACCCUUCAGCUGAUGGAACUGAAUCGAGCUGUCUGUUUGGAGUGCCCUGAGCUUCAGAUCCCGUGGUUUCAUAAACGCUUCUGUGAGCAGCUGCAGGACAAAAAGACUGAUUUGUCCAAUCUGUUACAACAGCAGAUAUACAUAAUACUUGGAGAAAUCCUAGGAAGAAGCCAUUUUGCCAGAUGUUCUGUACUCACUUCUUAUUACUAUAGAAUCGAUUUUGAAUUUAUUGUUGAUAAAAACAAGAAACCCAUUCCAUAUAUCGACCAACAUGCUACUGUUGCUAAUUUGGACAACGCAGGUUGUGUUGAAGCUGGUCACUCCUAUGGAAAGAAAGGGCUACCACCAGGAUUUCAAAGAAUUGCUGUGGAAUUCCUUGAUUCAGAAGCUUUCUGCAAGAAUUCAAAUCAUGUCAAUGGAAAUAUGGCCAUAAAAAAGCGGCAUUUGGAGAUUCUUGGUUAUCAGGUUGUUCAGAUCCCUCACUAUGAAUGGAAUUCCAUGGAAUUGUCAUCCACAGAAGCAAAGAUUGAAUAUUUAGAAAAGAAAAUAUUUGAAAAGCUUUGAUACCCAAAUGUGAAGAAAAAAAUACAACCAUGAAUUUUUUUUAUAUGGACUGUAACACUGAAAAUUAAUUAUUUUCAGCCUUCAAUAAACUUAUUUUUUUUUAAUGGAGACCAUUUAUGUUGCAUCUGGAGGUAUACAUCUUUGGAAUUGCAGAGGGCAAAGCGCAUUGCCCAAUUGCAUUUCUUGCACUAGGUGUGACCAUUCUUGGGCCAACCUGACCUGGCAAAUUACAUAAGCCAUGGUUAUAUCAGUUAACUACUAGGCUGCACAGCACAUGAGCCUAUCCUUGAGGAGUGCUUAGAAGCUGCUUUUGGCGCAAAAUGUAGUGGCUAGGCUGCUACCCAGUACCCAAGAUCAGAAAUACAUUAUCCUCAUGUCGGAAGACCUGCAACAGUUGACAUUUAAUGUUGGGCACAAUUUAAGGUAUGUAUUUCCACUGUUAAAAGUGCUAAAUGCCUUCUGACCUGACUAUCUGAAGGACAACUCUUUGGUUAGGAAUUUCUCCAGGAAUGAAAGGCAGCUGAAGAGCCACUCCUAAAGGCACCCUCAUCAGUAUCAGCCAUACAGGGAAGGGCCUCCUCAUACAGCUCCUGUGCUGUGGAAUAGACUCACUCAAAAGCUGCACUGCUAUGUAUUCAGGCCUAUUCAGUUUGAGCUACCAUUCAUAAUUACUUAUAAUGUGAGGCUUAUUUUUUAUGGUUGGUUGCCUUGCGCAUUCAGGUGCAGCCAAUCAGAAUUUAAUGUAUUUAUGUGCUCAAUUUGUUAACCAUCCUAAUAGCUGGAGCAACUCUAGAUGGACAAAUGUGAAAGAACAAUUCCAAAUAGGCUAACCUAGCCAACAGUAAGGAAAUACACAACCCCCAGCAAUGCAAACAACAGAGUCACAAAUCACCCUGUCCCACAUCCUGUUGCAAAGGCUGGGUCUUUGUUUCCUAAAGUUCAAGAGACAUGGGGAAUCUUGUUCCGAAGGGCAGGGGCAGCCACAGAGAAGGCACAUCUCGAGUCCCACAAGUUGGCACUGCUUCACUGGUGGGACCUGGAGCAUACUGAUCCUGACAGUUCUUAUUGAUGGGCAGAAAUAAUCAAAGAGAGGUGGGCCUCUAGGUGAGUCAAGAUUCAUGUAAAUUAUAAAACACAAGGCCUGUUAGUACCCCCGGUAAACUAGGGAAACUACAGCAUGCAGAAAAAGCUGGCACACGUAUGGCACAUGUCAGUCUUCCAGUGCAUAUGAGAAUGUAUUUCUGAAUGAAGUACUACAAAUUGUUUGUGCCUUCAGCUGGAUUGGCAUUCAAGACUGGGUCAUGUUGAUAUCCAGAAGUUUUUUUUCCCCCAAAAAUUAUGAAUUAAGUAAUCUUGAAUUAAGCACUAACUGAAGCUGAGACUCUUCAGCACCUGUUUCUGCUAUAAAAUGGUGAUCCAUCAAAAUGUCAAGUUUUAAGGUGACAGAUUCUACACUGGCAUUUUAGCACCACUUUAGUAGUGCUUGAUGACCAACAGACAUAGCUUUCCAGUAAUAAUGGCUAAAGUCACAGUAUGCAAUUCAUGGCCAUUCAGAUGUUGUUGGACUACAGUGCCUUUUAGCUGCAAUCACUGGGCAUACUGGCUAUGGUUGUUGGGAAAUGGAUCACAGAAAUUUGACACGCACAUACACAACUCACUGUAAUUUUUUCUUCUCUGUAUGCAAUUUCUCCUAGGAUUUGUGGUUGCACCUUUUAAAAUAACAAAGAUACAAGGGUAAUUGGUAUUUUUUAGUAUGCUGGGCAUUGUGUAACAAUCAAAGGAUUGUUGUCUUUUUUCAUUACAUUUUCAUUUGAAGUUUUAAGCAUUUCCAUAGUGCUUGUACAUUUUAACGUGCCCAUAAUGUUUGAUACAAGCUGUUUCCAAAAUGCUUCUCUCUUACAUAAAUAAUAAAAUUCCACCAUUCCUUGUAAAACAAUGAUUCACUACUUUGGCUUGUCGUACAUCCUGCGAUCCAUCCUUUGAAAUAUUAUCCAAAUAUUUCCAUUGUUAGCAAUAACUUAAUUGGCUGCUAUAUGUAAAAACUUAAUGAGUUUUUUUAUUUUGCAAUCUCUUAUUCUGGCCACCAAAUAUGUGUCGCAAACCUAGCUUUGGAGAGAAUUGAAUCUAUUGUUUGAUUAUGUAAGGCAUUUAUUUAAACACAUUCUUCCAAAUUCUGAUACUUUCUUGCAUUGCCACCAAAGAUGAAAGAAUGUUCCCUUUGACUGACAGCCUCACUAGCAUCUUGUUGAAAAUCGAAAAGAUAUAUGUCAGAUUCUUACUGGAGUUUGAUGCUCCCAAUCUAAAAGUUUAAGAUGUACUUCCUGUAUAGAUCCUGAUAAAAAUUGUUCAUGCUGCCAUAGAGGAUGCCAAGUAAUAUCAUCUAAUUUUUCCUCUAAGUCCCAGACUUCUUUUAGCCCUCACCAUAAUCUAUUUCAGAAAGUCAUAUGCAAAAUUACACCCUUAGGUUCUGUGUUAAAAAAAAAAAAAUUUUUUCAAAACGAGAUAGAUGUCUGGAAUUUCCAUUAUUUUUUAUUUUGUAAUAUUGAAUUGAUCUGCCACAAAAGAAACCAGGGGACUUUUGUUCUGAUUGUUGUUCAUUCUUCUAUACUUUACAGUAUAUGGUGGGAAAUUUUUGUAGAAAUCUUUUAUUUCAUAAAGACCUUUCCUUUUCCAAAAUUUCAGUUGUAUAAUUCUAUGUUUGUUACAAUUUGGGUAUGUUAUCAAUGGAAGUAAAGGUGAGAUGCAUGGAAUAAAUUCUGAAAACCUCAUCCUGUAAAUUCAGCAGAUCACUUACGUAAAAUUAUUAAAGAUCUAUUGGGAAGAGAAGAACAAAUUUAAAUUCUUAUGCCGGAACUUAAUAUUUUCCAUCCCAACCCAUUGUCUUGUUGAAUCCUCCAUUAUAAAAAAACUCUUCCAUGUGUCAACUAGGCUGCUUGAUAACAUAUUUUUAAGCAGGGAAUACCUCAUCCUCUGUUUUGUGACAUGUAUAGAAUGUUUCUUUUUAUUCUAUUCCAAGUUGAUUUAGAGCAAUAAUAAAAUUUGUUUCUGCCAGUUAGAAACAAUUUUAUUGGGAAUAUCUAUGGGGAGAGUUUGAAAUAAAUACAUCAAUUUGAGGAGUGUCGUCAUCUUUAUUGCUGGUAUAUUAUCUAAAACGCUUAGAUAAUUCUUGUUCCAUUUUUUCAUAUCCUUUCUUAUUUUUUUCCAAACAGGGUCAGUUAAAUUCUUUGGUAUAUCAAUUCAUGAAUAAAUGUUUGGUGUUCAAGGGGAGUGUCUUAAGAUGCUGGAAAUAUUUUUUUGUUUAUGAGAUGGUGUAUGAAUGCAAACUGGUGGAUCUUUUCAAAUUAACUGGUAAGCCAGAGAAUCUGGCAAAUUCCUGAUGUUAUUUAAUAAAAUAGAUCAUAUUGGAUUUCAGAGGGUCAUGAUCAUGUCAUUAGCAAAUAAAUUCAAUAUAUAAGUUUCAUCUUCUAUGCUAAUCCCCUGGAUGUGAGCAUUUGCACAUAAUGCAAUAC